AGCAAUAAUCUGCCUGUUAGCAGCAGAUAGAUUCUCAUUGUUUGCCACUUCCACUUUCCAGUAAUGAGAACGAUUACUUGACCAAUAUCUAGCCAGUUUCUGCCGAAGUUGUGGAAAAACCUACAGUUUUUCAUAGCAAAGUUGCAUGAUUGGUUUCUUCCCAAAAAUCAAAACUUCUGUGGAGCUUUAGGACUGCGAGGCAUAACCAACCAGAGCUGAUGGUCAGUUUAUUCUGUAACUAGGUGACGGCUCUCCAACGACAAGAUGUAUUUCGCUGUGCUGGUGAUUCUCUUACACUGUCCAAGUCUAAAAGCUCAAGACGAUGUUAUUACCAUCAACAAAGUUGAACUCACUGCGCCAUCCCUGAAAGUGAAGAAUGGAAUGUCAAUUGAACUCACCUGUAUUGUGGACAUUAGCAAAAGCACCAGCUUCCAGAUGCAGCAUGCUUUUUUAUUUUACAAGGAUGACAGUCUUCUGCAUAAUACCACGUCGGAGCAAAACAGAACACGUUACAAAAUAUCGCCAGCUCGAUUUGCAGAUUCGGGAAGCUACAAGUGCACUGUGGAGGCAAACAGGAAGACUAAAAGCAGCAAUGAUUUGGAUGUUCAAGUUGAGGGGCUGUCCCAGCCAAAACUGACUGCCCUGAAAAGAGAAGUAACGGAGGGUGAAGUUGUGACUUUACGGUGUGAAGUACCAGAAGAAAAGCCUCCCUUCAUUUUCUUGUUCCGUAAACUAUUGCCCGAUCAACAGUUCCAAGAGAAAAGGAAGCAAGAAUUAAAAGAAAACUUUGCAUCUGUUGAGUUUCCUGUUGAAGAGGGGGAUCGAAUAUUGCGUUUUCAAUGUAUUGCCAAGGUUACUUCAGCAGUCUAUUCUGAAACAUCAGACCCCAGUAACAUGACAAUUGUUACAGUUGUGGAACCGUUUUCACAUCCUAAACUGACAUCCAAGUCCCCAUGGAACAUUACAGAAGGAGACAGAAUUGACAUUGUGUGCACAACGAUUCUAGUCCGGAAAUAUGAACUUGAAAUCCUCAUCCAGAAAGACAGCAGGAUACUAAACAGUACACGAGGUCAGAGUUCUGUGACCUACUCUGCAAUAGCCACAGUGGAGCACAAUGGCAAUUACACGUGCAAAGUGGAACUGGGGAGAGUGUCCAAAACCACCAGCAUGAACAUUGUUGUGGCAGAGUUGUUUGCCAAGCCAAUAUUGACUCCUUCUUUGACUGACCUGGAUGAAAAUGCGAGGUUAAGCCUGUGGUGCCAUAUUAAUGGCUCCCCUAAAGCAAACUUCUCUAUCAUAAAGAGACCUCCGGAGAACGGCAUCUUGUUGAAAACUUUCAGCAACUUCACUAUUCGAGCCCAGGUGAAUGACACUGGGUCCUAUGUUUGUAGGGCUGAGAUAAAAGGAAUCAUCAAGGAGAGUAACCCUGUACAGAUAACUGUUUACGCUCCAGUCUCGGAGCCAGUUCUUUCUGUUGCCAGCCCAUCCACGGAGAUGGUGUUAGGGGAGACCCUACUCCUACGCUGUCAAUCCAUGUCUGGAACUCCACCUAUAAACUAUACGCUCUUCAGAGAAAACAGACUUAUUCACACCAUCACAGUAUUUAAUAAUACAUAUGCUGAAUUCAGGGACAGACAAACUAAAUUAAAUAAUCUGAGAGAAUACAGAUGCGAAGCUAGCAACCGUCACUCCAAUGCGAAGAGAAGUAGCUAUAAGAUGAACAUCACGGUGAUAGCUCCCGUGCGCAACGUAAGCUUUGGAAGUUUACCCCAGGGGGAAGUGGAAGAUGGUGGAGAAAUCAACUUUCUUUGCAUCGUAGGCGAAGGAUCUUUGCCAAUCAACUUCAGAAUUUUUAAACAAAAUGACCAGAAACCUUUAUUUAAUGAAAGCAGAAUGGAAACCAGACUCCUCUGGCAGAAGAAAACAUUUCAUAAGCAGGACGCAGGGAAAUAUUUUUGCGACGCCUCCAACCGAGUCACGGAACCUAUGCGAAGCAACUUGCUAACCGUUAAAGUCAUCCUGGCUUCAUGGCAGAAAGGGUUUAUCGCAUUAUUUGUCUUGGCUGUAAUUGCCAUAACAGCUUCUGGUUUCUGGUGGUACUGGCGUAAGAAGGAAAAGGGUAAACAUCCUUCCAUGGAGAUGUCUGGAUCCACAGCAGCCACUAAUUCGACUAGUGAGAAACUGCCAUCUGGACCGAACCAUUAUACAGAAUUCUAUCCUGGAUCAGGUUACAUUGAAGAUGAAAAUCCUGUAAAACCAACAGAUGAAAAUAAAGGACCUGACCAUGAGAGUGCUGAGGUGGAAUAUACUGAAGUUGAAGUGUCAACGCCUGAUCCUUACAAAGCUCCUGUAAAGAAGGGGACAGAUACAGUAUAUAGUGAAAUCAGAAAAGCUAAUAAUGAUUCUGGGGAAAACAGACACUCUGUGUAGAGCGAGGUGAUUUCCUGACUGUGACUAUUGGCUUGAGCAGAAGCUUGCAUUCAACUCUGUCUGUGCUCCUGACCUGUGCUAUGUAGCACCUUCAACCAGGAUAUUAGAAGACGGGCCGACUGGCAGGAUUGUUGGUGGAGACUGUGACAUUCUAAACAAAUAUUAAUGGAAAGCAAAUGCUGACAUUAUUACGAUCAUCCAAUCAGGGAACUGGAGCAACGCCAUGUGAUGUAAGAGCCCAGCCAAACUAACCAUCGCAGCUCAAAUUCCAUGGACAAUCUACCAGUCAAGAAAUGAUACGGUGAAUAGCUUUGAACACCAAACUAAUCAGAGGAAAAGCCAAUUUGUGGAGAGAACGAGUGGCUAAAUGCCUCAAAUGAAUGAUCACUCGGCUCUGCUGAAAUGCAAAAGACAAAGAACAAGCACUCCAGAAAUAACUACAUUAACGUUAUUUAUCAAAUACUUUCCGACUAUAUCCCCAAUGUGCUGUUCAGUAAUAUGGUUAUUAAUUAUUAUUACUAGUGCUGUUGUGCUAGCACCCAAAAUGGGCCGGGCACUGGGUAAACAUACAGGAAGAGACAGUCCCUGCCCUGAUAUAUUUAUAAACUUAUUUUUAAAAAAUAAUUGAGAAGCACACACUGGAAACCAUACUAUGAUAAAACCUGCCCUCGUAAGACUAAAGAGAGUAAGAGAAAGAGAGGAGGAUCCUAUCCAGAGGCUAAACUCUGAGGUCUUUUGCUCAGUCCUUACUCCGGCAAAACCCCCAUUAUAGUCCUCUAGGAUUUGGUUUCAAGAACAGGGAGUUUUCAAAGGUAACUCUUGACAAAGAAAAGGAGGGAGGAACUGCCACAUGUUGAGGGAGACUGCAGAGGCCCAGCUGCCUCCUGAUCUUAGACAAGAUGGUUGAUCCCUAAAAGGCAGCUGGUAGAGCACAGACACCUGUUGGAUGGCGGCGGUCUCAGUGGUAGGCAGGGCCAGCCCCAGGUUCAGAGUUCCUUGGUUCCCUGAGCAGAAGCCUGCAGAAGAGGAAUGUGCAUGUACGUACAAGAUCCCUUCCAAAAAACAGGGCGGGACGUGGGAGUGUAUUUUUCCUGCCACUUAUUUUAUAUGACUCUGGAUCAUUUGCUUAAAAAAAACAACUGUAGCAAAUAAGAGACUUGUAAAUAACAAUCACAGUAGCACUCUCUACGACAGCUAACAAUACACAUUCAGGCCUGGUCUACACUACAGAGUUAGGUUGACGUAAGCUGCCUUACGUCAACCUAACUCUGUAAGCAUCUACACUAAAAUGUAGCUCCCACUGAUGUAACUCACCCGCUAC